AUGUCACCAACUCACUGGAGCAGCAGUGUCGAGAUUUUGCACCAGCAGAUCGAAGAGGUUCCCCGCUGCCGCCCAGCACCAGUGAAGGCUGUGCCGGAAGCCAACACAGACCUCGAGUGUGAUGCGCCUUUCAUCUAUACUAAGGCCAAUGCCGACCGAGUCGUUAUGUUUAAGUCUCUGGACCCCGGGAUGCUGGUUCGAAUGCAGGUGACCUUCAGUCCACACAGGGCCAGCCCCAGGCCCCGGCUGGUGAUUGAUUUUGAUUGCAAUUUGUUCCCUGACCUGAAGACAAGCUGCGCUGUGGUCACAGAGGUAGAGCUCCACUGUGUGAAGAACAACACAGCCCACAGCACCAAUGACAUCCGUGAAGAUCGGCUGAUUGUCAGGAGGGGCCAGUCCUUCCUGCUCACUUUCCAUUUCAGCCGCCGGUUCAGCACCACAAAUGAUGUGCUGGAGCUGACUGUUGAGACAGGACCCCAGGCCUCUGAAGCUGUUGGAACCAAGUCUGUGUUCAAAGUCCCCGGGGAACGUUCAACAAAUUCAAAGAAGUCGUGGGAUGCUAAGAUCCAGGAGACCACCCCUACCUCUAUCACCCUGGCCAUCACCAGUCCAGCUGAUGCCAGCAUUGGAGAGUAUGCUCUGUCUGUGAAGACUGACCCUUGUGGGACUCAGGGCCACAGCAUUGGGAGGUUUAUUGUGCUGUUUAAUCCUUGGUGUGCAGAGGACUGGGUGUAUCUCCCCCAGCAGAAUGAGCGAGAGGAGUACAUCAUGAAUGAGCAGGGCUUAGUAUACAGAGGAUCAAGUAACUGCAUCAGCGCUUUGGCAUGGAACUUUGGACAGUUUGAGGAUGACAUUGUUGACAUUUGUCUGAAACUCCUGGAUGUCAACCCCAAAUGCUUACGAGAUGCAAAAGAGGACUACUCUGCACGCUGCAACCCCAUGUAUGUCAGCCGAGUGGUCAGUGCCAUGAUCAAUUGCAACGAUGACAAAGGUGUAUUAAUGGGAAAGUGGGGUAACGAGGCAAAGGACUACAUCGGUGGCGUGCCGCCAACGCGAUGGAUCGGCAGUGUGGAGAUUCUUCGCCGGUGGUUCAAAUAUGGCUGCUACCCCGUGAAGUAUGGCCAGUGUUGGGUGUUUGCUGCCGUCAUGUGCACAGUAAUGAGGUGCUUGGGAAUCCCUUGUCGGGUGGUCACCAACUUUGAAUCAGCCCAUGACACUGAUGGUAGUCUGACAAUUGAUGAAUUCUUCUCUGACUAUGGUGUGAGACCCAGGGAGAGCCGUGACAGUGUAUGGAACUUCCACGUGUGGGUGGAGGCCUGGAUGAAACGCCCCGAUCUUUCCAGAGAUGCAAUUUAUGAUGGCUGGCAGGUGCUGGACCCCACACCCCAAGAACUGAGUGAAGGGGUUUACUGCUGUGGCCCAGCUCCAGUGAAGGCCAUACUGGAAGGUCACACAGACGUCAAGUAUGAUGUGCCUUUCGUCUUUGCUGAAGUCAAUGCCGACCGAGUCACCUGGAUGGUGUAUGCCGAUGGCUCCAAAAGGCAGAUGUCCUCUGACACUAUGUCUGUAGGUCGAGGCAUAAGCACGAAGUCAGUGGGCAGUGAUAGGAGAGCAGACAUCACCGCAAACUACAAAUAUCCAGAAGGCACAGAGAAGGAGAGGGGAGCAUUCCAGACAGCAGUCAGCAGAAGCAAAAUCAUCCGAUAUGGACAAUGCAGAACCCCAGACCCUCCCAUCAUCUCAAUGAAAAUUGAGGAGCUCAGCAAGCCAAUCAACAGCAAGGACAUUGACCUCAGCCUCAUAGUGUGCAGCAACCACACUGAUCCAUGCGAAUUACUGAUUCACAUAAAUGCCCAAGCCAUGCACUACACCGGUGUCCUGGCUUCUAACAUCUGGAAUGAGGAGAGAGAAGUACAGCUGCAGCCAAACAAUGAGUUGAAGACGCUCAUCCAGAUCCCCUUCUCAAAAUAUGGUCAGCACAUGCUGGGGAACCACAGCAUUAAAGUCACCGCUGUUGGCAAAGACAAGCAGAGCAGUGAGGCAGUGUACCUUGCGGAGAGAAAUAUUGUGCCUGCAAGUCCCCCCUUCAAGAUCACCACAACUGGAUUGCCUGCGCUGUACAGUGACAUGGUGGCAGAGGUGGUUUUUAAAAACCCCUUACCUGUGGCUCUUAAUGACUGCUCCAUUAGCCUCACAGGCAGUGGCUUAUUGAGCCGCACUGUGGAAACCAGUUUGGCAUCUCUGGGACCAGGGCGGCAGAUUCGAGUGCAGACACCUUUCAAGCCAUACAGAGUUGGCCCCAAGAAGCUAGUGGCCAAUUUUGACUGCGACUUGUUCCGAGACAUUAAGACAAGCUGCGAUGUUCACAUUAAACACAUUCCAGUCUGA